AGACAGGCGUUGGCAGCAGCCAAUCAAAGCCGGACGUUCGGCGGCUGUGGCGCGUGAGGCUAUAGGGGAAGGCGGGACGUCCGGCACAAUAUUGCAAAUCGAUGUGGUAGGUAAUCGAUGGGCAGUUACUUGUUUGUGGAACGGGAAUGGAGCUGCGAUCGUUGGCGUUGCGUUGAGGAAAACUCUGAUUAAGCCAGGAACGCGAGUCGCCGCUAACAUUUCAACCGCAUUCCCGUUCGCUUUGAUUGAGUUCCCCCUUCCCUUUUCAAAGGGGACGUGUUUUUUUUAAACGUAUUUAGAAAGAGGAGUCGGAUGGUUGCCACCGUGUGCGAGUUUUCCAAGCGCUGCUAGCGGGGCGCCGCGAGCGCUGACGUUGGGCCCGCGCGCCGGCCGCGGAGCGCGCACGCAGGCGCGUUCCCGCAGGAGCGCAGGAACAAAAACAAUUGGAGGAAAAACAGCGAGAGAGAGAGAGUGGGAGCUUGGGCGCCGAGCCGAAGAGAGGAGCGAGGCCAUGCGGCCUGCCUCGGGCACCCUGCCGCCCCCUGACCACCGCCGCUUCUGACACCGGCCGCCCCUCCCCACUCCCCCCUUGCCCUCCACCACGGGCGCAGGAGGGGGAAUCCAGUAGAGGAAGGAGGAGGAAGCAAGCGGACAUGGUGGAGGGGUCGGGACGGGGCAGUCCGGGCCUUCUGAUGGUGUCGCUGGGCGAAAGCUGGCACUGACCCCCCGUCCUCCCAACGCUGCAAUCAGGUUUCCAUCGGAAAGUAGGGCAGCUGAUCUUGGUGACUUCAAGUGAAUUGUGAGGAAUUGUGAAGUAAACUUUGUAGUUCUGGUGCCAUCAUUUAUGGCAAAGGGACUUGCUAUUAUUUGAAAGGAGGAGAGGUUGCUUAAGAAAGAAGCUAUUGGUGGAAUUGGAAAUUUGCUGUGGGAGAAGAACGUGCUGGGAAUCUAGGUUGAAGUGCAAAGUUUGGUUACUAACUACGUUGUGAGAGGAGCUGCUGGUGGAGUGUGCUGGCAAAACUGCUUCUACAAGUUUUCUCACCGCUAAGGAUGCUGCCUCCAGCUGAGUUAUGACUGCUCGAGUGCUGGCAGGGCAAUGGUACUUCAACCAAGUAACCACCCUUCAUGUGUGAGCUUAAGCAAUGAUUGGCAGCGGGCUGCAUGACAGGUAUGGCCUCACAACUGCAAGUGUUUUCACCAAUGUCAGUAAAGUCCAGUGCCUUUUGCAGCGUGAAGAAAUUGAAAGUGGAGCCCUCCAACUGGGAUGCAACGGGUCAGAGCUGCACUGUAAAACAUUACAAUCAGAGCAAGAAUCCACCAGUGACUCAAGGACAAGCAAAUCUGCCCCAUCAGGCAUCAAACAGUGUGGUUGUUUAUGAUCAGAGUUUGCACCUCACCACCGCCUCCGGGCUGAUUCCAGUUACGAGUGCAGACAGUGGGGCCUGUACAGCAGCACUGUCUGUGGGAUCUUCGAACGGAGUGCAGAGUUUGACACGCAGAAGCACAGUGACACUGUUGGAUACCUACCAAAAAUGUGGGCUCAAGAGGAAAAGUGAGGAAAUUGAAAGUAGUGGCAGUGUACAAAUAAUUGAGGAACACCCACCUCCGAUGCUUCAGAACAACACUGGCAGGACUGCGGUGGGUACUACUGCCACCACCACAUCAACUGUAACUUCAAAGAACGGCAGUUCCACUAAUGAAGGGGAUUAUCAAUUGGUCCAGCAUGAAAUACUUUGCUCAGUGACAAGCAGUUAUGAGGUGUUGGAAUUUCUUGGUCGGGGCACUUUUGGACAAGUGGUGAAAUGCUGGAAAAGGGGCACCAAUGAAAUUGUAGCUAUUAAGAUUUUGAAAAACCAUCCCUCCUAUGCACGACAAGGGCAGAUUGAAGUGAGCAUUCUAAAUCGAUUAAGCACUGAAAAUGCUGAUGAUUACAACUUUGUUCGAUCCUAUGAGUGUUUUCAACACAAGAAUCACACCUGCUUAGUUUUUGAGAUGCUGGAGCAGAACUUGUAUGACUUCCUUAAACAAAACAAGUUUAGUCCUUUGCCGUUGAAAUAUAUUCGACCAAUUCUGCAGCAGGUGGCCACAGCUUUAAUGAAACUAAAGAGCCUUGGUUUAAUUCAUGCUGAUCUGAAACCAGAGAACAUCAUGCUUGUGGACCCUACCCGGCAGCCUUACAGGGUGAAGGUCAUAGACUUUGGUUCAGCCAGUCAUGUUUUAAAAGCAGUUUGUUCCACGUAUUUGCAGUCUCGAUAUUACAGAGCUCCUGAAAUCAUCCUUGGGCUACGAUUCUGUGAAGCUAUUGACAUGUGGUCUCUAGGUUGCGUUAUUGCAGAGAUGUUUCUGGGAUGGCCAUUGUAUCCAGGUGCAUCGGAGUAUGAUCAGAUUCGCUACAUUUCCCAAACACAAGGUUUACCUACUGAAUACUUGCUAAGUGCAGGGACGAAGACCACAAGGUUUUUUAACAGAGAUCCGGAUUCAGGAUAUCCAUUGUGGAAACUCAAGACACCAGAAGAACACGAGUUGGAGACGGGGAUCAAAUCAAAGGAAGCAAGGAAGUAUAUUUUCAACUGUUUGGAUGAUAUGGCUCAGGUGAACAUGCCAAAUGAUUUGGAGGGAACAGACAUGUUGGUUGAGAAGGCAGAUCGGAGGGAAUAUAUUGAUUUGUUGAAGAAAAUGUUGACAAUAGAUGCUGACAAGAGGAUUAAUCCGUUAAAAACCUUGAAUCACCCAUUUGUUACCAUGACACAUCUGCUUGACUUUCCUCAUAGCAAUCAUGUGAAAUCCUGCUUUCAAAACAUGGAGAUUUGCAAGCGGCGAGUCAACAACUAUGAAACUGUAAACCAGAAUAAAAGCCCAUUUAUUGCACAUGUUGCACCAAACACAAGCACAAACUUGACAAUGGCCUUCAACAACCAACUCAACACCAUGCACAAUCAGGCCAACACCCUGGCUCCUACCUCCACAGCAGCAACACUUUCACUGUCCAGUACAGAUGUAUCUCUGCUUAAUUAUCAAUCUGCACUCUACCAGCCUCCAGCAGCACCUGUGGCGGGUGUUGCACAAGCAAGCAUGCCACUGCAGGCUGGAACAACACAACUGUGUGCACAGGCUGACCCUUUCCAGCAAGCCCUCAUUGUGUGUCCACCUGCAUUUCAAGGGCUACAAGCAUCUGCAAAACAUUCUGGGUUUUCUGUUCGAGUCGAAAAUGCAGUGCCUGUGGUACCACAGGCACCAGCUGCACAGUCAAUUCAAAUUCAGCCAGGUGUUCUUGCUCAGGGCAGCUGCACACCGCUGAUGGUGGCCACUCUACAUCCUCACGUUGCCACUGUUGCUCCGCAGUACGCGGUCCCUUUUACCUUGAACUGCGCAGCCGGCCGGCCUGCGCUGGUCGAUCAGACGACCACAGUACUGCAGGCAUGGCCUGGAGGAACCCAACAAAUUUUGCUGCCGUCAACUUGGCAACAGUUACCUGGGGUAGCUGUCCACAACUCUGUGUCACAUGCAACUGUGAUACCAGAAACAAUGGCUAGUACUCAACAGCUAACAGACUGGAGGAAUGCACAUUCACAUGGAGGCCAGUAUAAUGCCAUUGUGCAGCAGCCUUCGUUAUUAGCUGGUCAUGUAACCCUGGCUGCACAGCCCCUGAAUGUUGGUGUUGCUCAUGUGGUACGCCAGCAGCAAAACUCCAGAUCUUCCUCCAAAAGGAAUAAGCAAAUGCAUAAUACAAGGAAUGUUCCUUUGUUGGAUGUCACUCCUUCCCAAACAUAUAUGGUGGUUCAAAGCAGUCCAGCAAGUGCACCCUCCCCAUACUGCAGCACAACACUUGAUCAUCAGCGACAGACCAUCGUGAUUCCUGAUACACCGAGUCCUGCUGUCAGUGUAAUAACCAUCCGUAGUGACACAGAUGAAGAGGAAGAAACUAAGCAGAAACUUGGGAGCUCUGAUGUGAAACAGAGAUCAAACGUCAUCAGUUAUGUAACUGUGCAUGAUUCAUUGGAAUCUGAUUCCUCAAACAGUAAUAGUCCAUAUCCAUGUGAACGGCCUCGAGCAACACAGGUUAUCAGUAGUACACAGGACUUGCCUAAAAGAAGCAUGGAUACUUGUCAUAAUUCUGGAUCUCGUACAAUUAUCGUACAGCCUUUGAAGGCACAAGCCAGUGAAAGUAUGGGGGAGAGCAGCAGUUUGUCAGGCUUUUUCACAAAUGUCUAUAAGGCUAAAACAGGCAUGCCUGUGAGUGGACAGAGUUCAAGCUCAACUACACCAACAAUGUACCGGCAACGGCAGCCUCUGAACCUCAGUCAGGCCCAGCAGUCUGUCUCUCAAGAGCGAAGUGUGAAUCCUGCUCCCCGCAGGCAACAGGCUUAUGUGGCUCCCACUCUUGCCCAGGCUCCUUAUUCUUUCCAGCAUAACAGUCCAACACAUCCAGGUGUUCAUCCCCACUUGACAGCAGUGUCUGCUCCUGCACACCUUUCAGGACAACCCCACAUGUAUACCUACACGCCAACUGCUGCUGCUUUGGCAACCUCCAGUUCCAUGGCCCACCUUUUGAACCAACAGAGCUCCUCCAGACACGCCAUGCAGCAAGCAACGUACGCAGCACAUCCAACCAGUUUCCUCCAACAGGUGCCAGUCAGCAUGGGUCCUAGCCUUCUGCCCUCUGCCAGCGUUACUGCCAGCCAGUACCAGCAUCCAUUUGCCACCCAGUCGUAUAUUAAUGCCUCCCGGGCUCCUACUCUUUAUGCUGGCUAUCCACUUAGUCCCACUAAAAUAAAUCAGUAUUCUUAUCUGUAGCAGUCAUUUGCGAAUGUGCUGUGCUACUGUAUGAGAUCUAGACAAAUCCAGUUUUGUAUGAAGGAGGAGUGCACUUCGUUCCAAUCAUCAGAACUCUUCUGUGGUGUUUCUGUUUUGCUUCUGAACUGGGUCACGUGUCUACAGAACAUCCAUCAGCAAGGAGACUUGGUUUUUAACCCUUUUUUCUAUAAGGGUGUGGAAAUAGACCACAUUUUAAUUAUAUUUUACAAUGAUCUUCAAAUAAUUUUCAAAACCUACAGAAUUGCUGUUUGUUUUAAAUUUACUGUUGCUUUAUUUUAGCCAGCUCUUUGCCUAAACACACUGAUGAAUCUGCUACUUGAAAUGGGUUUAUGCUGCUGAAAGUGUUAAUACUAUUGCUUAGGAAGUUAAUGCAUUUUUUUUCUAGGCCUAUUAUAUAAUAGUGAGUAAUGGGUGUUCUGAUUGGUUUGGACGUUGCAUUGAAUACUGAACCAAUCCUGACUUUCAUAACUCAUUAAUAAACAUCUUCAAACACAUCAUUGUUUUAAGAUGUUUUGGACCAUUUUGAGAGGGCUUCAAACUUACAGAAAUAAUGUUAUUUUUAAAUAGUGCACAAAAUACUUUGAAAUAUCACUUUUAUUAUAUUGUAAGCAACAUUAAUUUUGUAUUAAUUUAGAUUUCUUAAAGUAUUGAUUUUCUGAGCAGUAAAAUGUUUAAUUAAGUGUUAAAAAUGAGAAUUAGGAACAUUACCUGCUCUUGUAUGAAAUUAUUUCUUUAAACAUUUCACCCUGCAGUGAUAUAUUGAUGGACUACCGUCCAUGCAAGAUGAAUGAGCUUUACCUAAAGCUGCAGGAUUAAGAGCUGUUUAAUCACUGUUUCAGUGAAACAGUUAUAACCGGUGGCUUCUGUAAACUCUACUUGCCUGUGUCAUCAUAUUGAUCGAUGACUCUAGAGAUCCCAAUGCCAUGGUCACUGCUGGAUUACGGGGAAAAAAUGACUAAAUGAUUCCAAGUCAUUCAUGCUUUAGUUUUUGUGAAAGAUGAGGGAAUAUUGUAAUUGUACAGCACAAGCUAUACCAUCACUCUAAACGAAACGUGGUAUUAUAGUGGCAUAUUCUGCUACCUACAUCACUGCUUCAAUCCUUGUUCUGUCUAACUGUCAUUUAAGUGUCAUUAGUGAAGUUUUGCAUAAUUGAAAAUAAUUGUGUUCACAUCCUAUGUCUUUAAAUUAUAUCCAGAAUUGUGUUUUAGAGCCAUGGCUCCAUGGCUUAAUUGUUCCCUUAAUAUCACACAGGAUUAAAAAUGUGUUGCUCAUCAUCUCACUGUUUAUAGAACUUCAUCACUAAAAUCUUUGGUAUUGGAAUGUUGGGUCAGUUAUGCUUGUGCAAGACAAUGUUAUUACUGUUAAAAUAUCUUGUGUAUGUUAAGGUCUAGUUAGAUUAAUUUCAGCAAGUAGUACAGCUUUAGCAUCAGGGCUGCAAAAGCAAGACAUGUGACUCUGAGCUUCCAGUGGAAUUAGCUACAACAGUCUUUGGAAUAAGUAAAUUAUGAUACUUGAAUUCUGUACUUCUAGUAAUUCAACUUUUAGCUCCUUUAUCAUCUAGAAGAUUUUUAUUUUACAUGUUUAUUAUUUUACAGUACAUUAAAUUAAAGCAUGUUGGAAUGUACAUGCAAUGUCUUUAGAUACACUUUGGGUCUUUUAAUUGUAGCACUGAUGAAAAAGAAAUUGCGUUUUUGAAAGAAGUGAUUGCAGAACAGGCAUCAUCUGUGUGUUCUGAAUGGGUGUAGUUCUUUGACUCAGUUUUUGCACAGGUGUGAAUGUUGUGGGGGGUUUAUUUGAUGAGUCCUUUCCCCUAGAUAGUGCCUUAACAAAUUUUUACAUAGUGCAUUGAAUAAUACUUUUACACUGUGCUUUAGAAAAUCCCAACUUGCUACAGUUAGAACAUUGGACUUGUGUGUGCACGGAACACCUCUGGAGAGUACAAAACAGUGAUGGGACAGUAGCACAGGAGAGGGUAUUGUGCUGUUGAAACUGAUUUUAAAUCUUUGUCUUUUAAAAAGUAAAAUCAGUUGACUAUUUUAAAGUUUGUUUUAGUUUAGGAAAGGGAGAUAACAUUUGAAACAGUAUUUUUGUUUCUCUUUUGAAGUUAUUUUUCUUUUUGUUUGGCACAUAUAACCAUGCUCCUUUUAAUACUGCAAGCUACUUAGAAUGUGAAAAUGCAUGUAUCCAUGUACUGUCCUUUAUAAUUUUAAUUGCAGUGGUAUGGUUGAGCAUAUCAUAAUUGUGUGAGGGUAGUGCAGUAUUUUGAUUUGUUUUGAGUUUAUGGACAAGGAAAGUUAUGUGCAAUUAGCUUUAGGUGAUUGUGGUUCUUCUAGAUGGGUAUUUUUAUUUUAUUAUUUUUCAAUAGUUUGUGGAUGCUUACAUUCCUUGUGGCAGUAUGAUGCUAUUUUGAGUAAACCCUUUGAACGCAACUGUCCAGAUUUUGGUUUCAUGCAGGCAAACCGCCUGUAAAGCACAUAUUCAUCACACCAAAGAAAAGCCUAUUUAUUCUGCCUCAUUUCCAGGGCAUGGAAUAAGUUGUAUUGCUGAACAGAUAUGCAAGUAUUUGUUGAUCAUUAUUUACAAAUCUUUUUUGAAAAAAAAAACAUUUAACAGCCUAAAUGUUCUUGCUUGCAGUAAGUUGCUUUGUGCAGAUUGCAUUUGAGAGUAAUUAGCACACUACUUCCACUAUCUGCUGUUCAAAGUGUUUAUAUAAGCUAUCUGUGUUUUAUAAUGUUUUAAGCUCUUAUUUCAUGCCCUGAUUCAUAAGGUUUCAAGGGGUUGAUGUCUGUUUGGAGAUCUUCCAGAGAACUGGCUUUCCGAGAAAUGGCUUAUGUUGAAUACCUCUGGUGUUGUGAAACCUAUCUUGCAAGCAAAUAGUGUUUUUGCAGGUGUUUCUGUACAAUAGGUUGUAAUUCUAUGUAUACAUUUGGAGAGCACAGGUCUAUAUUAGCAUUUAUCACAGAUAAAUGAUGAGCUGAUAGAAAUGAGGGUUUACAGAAAAGCACUAGCCUGCUGAUUCAGAUGUUUUUUAAAUUCAAUUUCUAACAUGGAACAAACAUUCCACCAAUACUUAUGUACCAGGUAACGAUUUCUACAGCUUUUUUUAACAGAAUGUUCCACCUUCUGGACCUUUCAGAUAUCUGAAUUAUUGAAACGUGCUUUCUAUUGUAAUCUUGAUUGUAUAAAGCAAACCAAACUGUGGAUAGAGUAACUGGUGCAUUGCUUUCCCUGGCCCAAGCAUAUUAUAUGCUCAGUAUUUGGCUUCAGCACUGUUUGCACACAUCUUCAGCAGGGAUGGGAGAAUUCUCAAGCUCACCAAAAUCUGCAUAUAAAGUUAGUGUAGGUUAAUUUGAUUCAUUUAAACUUGUGGGGAAAUGGGUGGUUAUUCAAAUUUGAUGAAAACUAUUUUUUCAGAAGUGAAUUUUCACUGCUGCUUCAUGUGAGACAGAUUUUGAUCAAUGGCAUAAACUCACUGCCACAUUUAUCCCCAUCUUUGCCUGCCCGAAAUCCCUGGAUGGUGCAGCAUCUGCAAUUUAGAGAAAACAUUUAUAAAUUGUGAUUUCUCAUUGGAUUUUUGACAAUAGUUCACUUUUAUUACUACCAUUACUCUGAUGCUCAUAAUUUGGCAUUUCAUGGUCCUGCUGUAUUGUAUUUGUGUUUUAUUGGUGCAUUUUAAUAAUUUUUGGCCUCAUAAAAUGUAAGUUUGUUUUUAAACUUGCAUUUAUGAUCCUAAGCUUCAAAGUAAAUCUCAAGAUCUAUGGCCAAGCAAAUUGUAUUCUUUUAUUGUUAGGAUUGGGAAAUGCAUUUGCUACAAAUGUAGAUUUGUGCAGUCUUGUUAUCCUGGCCACAAACUGAGCUGCACCAGUUCCAUGGAGCAGAGGAAAGUACUUGUGACUUGUAGUUAAUUUUGCUGUUCAUUAUUAUUGGUUGCAGGCAUUGGAUACUCUUGCUAUGUUGGACUUUUGCCCAAUUCUGUGUUAAUGUGUUCAAACCUGCUGUGAGAUCCUUGAUGGUAAAACUCAUUGGGAUUUCCUGGUGGGUUGCACAAAAUUAGAAGUUCGAUUUUAUUUAUGAAAGCAUUUGCCCAAGGAAUGAUGCUGGUUUUAACCAUAAAUGCAGAUCAUACAGAUCUGUAGAUAGAUUUGCCAGUGUCCUUGCACCUUUACUAAUUUGUAACAAUUAUUUUUGUCAAAUAUUAUGUAAGGAAACCAUCUGUAUCCUGUGUAAGUCAUUUAAUGUAUAUUUAAAGAGAUAGGCGCCCACACUGGUUGUAUUUAAAAUGACUGUUGUGAUCUAAGUAACACCUGAAUGAAGGUGUCAUAGUCCACCUUUGAAUGGAUACAGUUCCCUUUUUUGGUAGGGAAGAAUGAAGGGAUUGGGAUUUAAACCAAGACUAAUCAUGAAUAAUUUCAAGCUAAUUAUGCAGCCAAUUGAUUUUUUUUUUAAUUUUUGAAAUCAUUACUACAACUUUAAGUUCAACUGAUCAUUUCUAAAGAUCCAAGUUUGCUGCACUGAUUCAAACAAAAUUUUUCAGGAUUUUUGUUUCGCAUAACCUGUGUAGGGCUGCAAAAGCACUGUCUCUUUAAAAUCUAUAUAAACAGUAUAUAUUUAUAGGGUUGACUUAUAUGGUUACAUAUGGGUGUGUCAUUAUUUACUGUUGGCUGGAGCAUGUUCUCAUUAUUUUGCUGUACGUGUCUGCAUUUAUUAAUGCUAAUCAUAUGUGGGUGAACCUUAGUGUUUUUUUAAUAGUAUGAUUGUAGCGAAUGCAACAAUUGUUAGUAGCAUAUUUGGCUUGUAUCAUUGAUAUUGCUAUAAUAGGUUAUUUGACUGGUUUGUAUAAUGUUAUUUGCUACUCUAGUUCUUGUACGAACUGCGGUUUCUUACUUUUUGAUAUAGCUAUGUGAUUAUCACAUGUAAUGUGUAGGCAGCUCAUAGAAAUUAUUGAUUUUUCUAUGGUAGUCUGGCAGUUAAACUGUAGAGGUUAUUGUAAAAUAAUAAAUUUAACAAAAGAAAGAGAUUAUAGUUAUUUAAAAAAAAAGUUCAUAAUACUAACUUUAAACUGGGAAAAGGGGUCCAUUGUGAUGAAACUGUUUUAUCUUGUAAUUCACUGUUUUAUUGUCUUUGGUUUCCAAAGUAGCUUGUCUUCUGAUUGAAGUAUUUUCUACAUAUGUUAAAAAUGCAUUGAGUUAUCAAUAAAAUGGGCUACAUUUGUGUA